UUUUAGUGUGUCAGGCCAAGCGAGGGCGGUCUAAUAUGGCAGAACGCACGUGACCUCUAACACAAACAACCAUUUCAUUUUCAAGUUCACUUCAAUAGUAUCAUUAUCAUAUUGUUUGGAGUCUAUCUCUGUUGUUUCCUUUUGUUUUUGUUGUUUUUGUUAUUGUAUCAAAGCACCAACACUACCUUGACGCUCCGAAUCCCUCGAUCAUGACCCAGUUCCCUUUACACGGAGCAUCGCAUGUACACGGGAAGUCCUCUUUUACUUAUAGCUUUGUUGAAAUCUGAUAUGAAUAUGGUUAGGAUGCUCGGUAUGGAAUAAUGAUAUUCCAUUAGUCAGGGGCUUGCCUAGUUAUAAGUCGCAUGUAUCUAUCAUUGUUUUGUCCCCCAACUAAGUCAAUGAGUUCGCUCGCUCAGUCAAGUUAACUACUUAGUUCUCUUUAUUCUGUGUCAAUUCCCCUGACCAAGCGUAGGAUUCGCUACAAAAUCAAAACUUCAUUUCUUUUUCUACUGGGCAUGAGUAAUUUGAAAGCGGUUAAUCUGUCACUAUCGUCGAGCUACCUGCACAAAAUAGAGGAGGUGAACAGACCAGUACCCUCAGAAGGUGGUGGCAUCCAGAAGGGGAAAAGCUUCCCUGAUGGUAGUAUAAAAAUCCUAUAUAGUGGCAUAUGCAUUGUACGCCGCCUAUCUUAUCGAGUCCUGACGCGACCCUCGAACCGCCGCGUCGCAAUCACUAUUAUCCAAAGACGCCAGUGUAACUCUAUUUCCUCUUUUCUUUCCCCUCUUUUCUUCUAGUCUUACAUUAUAACCCAAAGCGGUCCUUUUUUUUAUUUACAAAAAAGACCACCCAUAAUGCCGCCGCGAAAAUCGACUUCCGCGGAAUCAGACGAGACUCCACAGACGCAAACUCAGACUGCAACAGAACAGCAGCUUAAGGCGCGGGCAGAAGGGGGCGUUAGUGUUGAGGAUUACCUCCUCCCGCGCUCCUUGACGCUCCGACUCGCAAAGUCUGUUCUGCCCCCGAAUACAUCGAUACAGAAAGAUGCGGUGCUAGCAAUCCAGAAAGCAGCAACGGUGUUCGUCAGUUAUCUCUCGUCUCAUGCCAACGAAGCAACCCUGAAACGAAUGGUAGCGCCAUCAGACGUCCUUACCGCACUUUCAGAGAUAGAAUUCGAUUCGUUCCGUCCUCGACUUGAGAAGGAAUUACAAGCCCAUACGGAUCUCAAGGCUGGGAAGAGAAAGGGGAAGAAAGACGCUGCAGAUGCUGCAGCUAAUAGGACCGGGACGACGAGCACAAUGGCAAACGCGCAAGAAGAGGCGGAGGUAGAAGAGGAAGAAGAGACAGUCCAUGAUGCGAAGAGGGUUAAACGGGCUGAGGAUAUUGAGGAUACUGAAGUAGGGGGUGAUGCUGAUGAUGAUGACGAGACGCAAGGAGCUCAGGAUGAUGAUGUGGAUGAGGACGAGGAAGAGGAAGAAGAUGAUGAUGACGAAGAAGGGGAUGAGGAAGAGGAAGAAGAGGGAGAUGGACACGAUCUCGAUAUGGAUGCUGAUGUUGACCGGGUUGAGGAUCUCGAUGCCGACUCGCGGAGUAGAAAGAGGAGUACGAAGAGCGUGAUGGAUCCUGAUGGAGCUGAUGAUAGUAGCGAUGAUGGCAGUGAUGAUGAUAGUGGGCCAGGUAGUUGAGAGAAAAGUCGAUGCAAGCACUAUUGGAUUAUAGAUGAUACGCCUACAUGAUAGUAUUGAUGACUGGAAGGGUUGUACGAGAGCACUCUAUUGAGAUACAUCAAAAAC